GUAAUAACCAAGAGAGCCUCUGAAAAGUACAACAUUACUUUGGAAAAAUAAGUGGUUUGCAACAAGAAGAACAUUGUGAUUUGUGAUAUACUGAUGCAGGCUGAGAGCUCUGCUAGCUGUUUUAUACCGUUCGAUGAUUAUUCACUAAAAUUUCGAUUUUCAAGCAUUAACAUCCCAAAUGCCUGACAUCAUUCAUCACUCCCCAAGUUUAUACGAAUUCAAAUCACAAAAUGUUUGAAUCCAGUAUUCGGCUGAACGAUUCUACUCAGCUCAUACCCGAUAACUCGAAUAACUCAUUUUUCUUUCCCGGUGGAAUAUUCCUGGAUUCUAGCGCUAUUCCUUCGUCAAUUAUCAAUAAAGUUGUCGGCGAAGUUUCUUGUUACAGUCGCCCCGUGCAAUCUCGGAGAAAACGGGGCGAGUUUUUGUGUUUAAGUUUGUCUGUUAAAGGGAAUGAUAGAGCAAUUAGCAACUCGACGGAAUCUGCGGGAAGUAGUGAGCGUAAUGAGGCGGUUGGCAGCGCCGCAGCCGCCGUGACGAAGCCGGAAAAGGGGGUCAAGAUGAGGUUAAGGGGGCAGGGGGCGAUGAACACCACCAAGCAUUUGUGCGCUGGUGCUGUUGCUGCAAUGGUUUCAAGAACUUGCCUUGCUCCACUCGAGAGACUGAAGUUGGAGUAUAUAGUUCGUGGCGAGAAGGGAGACUUGUACAUGCUCAUCAAAAGAAUAGCAACCACGCAAGGCUUGAGAGGCUUUUGGAAGGGAAAUUUUGUUAACAUACUGCGCACUGCACCUUUCAAGGCAAUUAAUUUCUGUGCUUAUGAUACAUACAGAAAGCAGCUUCUAAAAUUAUCCGGAAAUGAGGAAACCACGAAUUCUGAGAGAUUUAUUGCGGGUGCUGCAGCUGGUAUCACAGCUACUGUCCUCUGCUUGCCCCUGGAUACUAUCCGGACCAGGCUUGUGGCACCUGGAGGGGAAGUACUGGGUGGAGUCAUUGGCGCUUUUCGACACGUUGUUCAAAAUGAAGGGGCUCUUUCUCUUUACAAGGGAUUAUUGCCCUCAAUUCUAAGCAUGGCACCCUCAGGCGCAGUGUUUUAUGGCGUAUAUGACAUAUUGAAAUCAGCUUAUCUGCAUUCACCUGAUGGAAGAAAGAGAAUUCAGAAUUUGAAAAAACAGCAUCAAGAAUUGAAUGCUUUUGAGCAGCUGGAAUUGGGACCGGUGAGAACUUUAUUACACGGUGCCAUUGCAGGUGCUUGUGCUGAAGCUGCUACCUACCCGUUUGAGGUCGUGAGAAGGCAGCUCCAACUGCAAGGCCGUGCAACUAGGAUGGGUACAUUUGCAACUUGUGCCAAGAUAGUUGAGCAAGGUGGUGUCCCUGCUCUUUAUGCAGGUCUUAUUCCCAGCUUAUUACAGGUAUAUCUUACAGUAUUUACCUUAUUUCUCCCCUUCUUUCAAAUGUCGACAAAAAGCAUCUCCUCAUUAGUCAUUAUGCCUAAGAUCAUUUGUUUCUCUUUGUUGGGACUCUUCCAUAAUUUUCUUGAAUAUCAGAAAGGAAAUCUACGGAUAUUGUUUUCAUGGUUCUGUUUAUCCUUCUUAUUUUGCAUCUGAAUGAGUUCAGACACAAAUGUACUUGUUAUAUGACAGCACAGGCUUCGUUAAGUAACAUGCUUAUGGUUUGGGAUACCCAGAGAAAGUAAGAAACCUAGGCAGCAGAUAGCUAGAAUUCCAUCACAUUACCUCAUGGAUUUGAAUAUAGUGUCAAUUGAAUGAAUGAAUCAUCAAAACUCAAUUAGCUAAUUUUUAUUCAACAUACUUAUUGAUGACUGCGUGUUACACUGUAUCAGAAAAUUCUAUAUGGAAUAUCUGUUUCGAUCUGUGCUUGCAUACUCUUUUGCACCUCCAACGGGAGAGGUAAAAUAGCGUUCAGCACUUUUUUGCAGAUUGAGACCAUUCCAACUCUGCGCUAUUUCUGUGUUGUAAAAUACACACAGUGCCUGCGCAAUAUAUAUAUAGUGAAGCACUGCAGCUGAGCUAUUCUUAAUACCUUUUUCUUUUAAUAUUUACUGAUGCAUGAUUGCAUGGUAUAUUCGUGGAGUGAAAAAACGCUCGUCGGAUGUACCUUUUGAUGCGAGGCUCAGAUUUGCUAUUAGAAUAUAUUAUUUGUAACUUAUAUUUUUUGCAUUAAUAUAAAUGAAUAAUAUUUUAAUUCUAUUUAAAUAAGUUUGACAUAUUAUUCAGAUUACAAUAAAUAAACAACAAUAUUUUGUAAUAUUCCUUUUGUACAGUAAAAUAGAGUUUAUGGUUGGAAAUAGAGUUUAAAUUCUGCUGUAAAAUAGAGAUGUCUACUGUGAAAUAAGUACAACUUUGAUUGUUGCGUUGUUCAUGUCUGGCUUGAAUUAUUUAAUCAUUCUCUAUGGUUUGUUAAUUGAGUUGAGGAGAAUUAAUAAUUGGGUAUUAAUGAUGAUUUCUUUAAAAUAUUGUGCAUAUAGAUCAUAUGUUGAUCUCAUACCUUAUUGGUUGUAUGUCAGGUAUUACCUUCGGCUUCAAUAAGCUUCUUUGUUUACGAGUUCAUGAAGAUUGUUCUAAAGGUAGGAUGAAGUGGCAAAUUAGUGACAGGAAUUUAAUUUGGAAAUUCAUAUAUUAUUGGCGGUGAAGAACAGCGGGAAGGAGGGUGUUUGGAUGAGCUUAUAAGCUCUUUAAAACAACUUAUAAGCUGCUUAAAAGCUUAUAAGCUCCUUCAAAGUGUUUGGUAAAAUAAGCACUUAAAUAACUUAUAAGCUAUAAAAUUAAUUUCUAAGAGCUUAUAAGCUCCCCAAAAAAUAAGUUCAUCUACCCCAACUUAUUUUCACAUUUUCUUAUUAGAAACACUCAUUUUACAAAAAUAACUCAACUAGUAUUUUUUAUUUUCAUUAUAUAUCAUUUUAAUUUUAUUUCUUUUCGAUUUAUUCUUUCUAACAAAAAUUUUCUCUCUCUAUUUUUUUCUUUUUUUCUAGCUUAUAAGCUUAAUUAUCCAAACACUUUGACAACUUAUAAGAUCUUAAAAAACUACAUCUUAUGUCCUCAAGGGAACACCAAGCGGUGCGACCUCCUGUCUGUGAACAGUGAGGUCAGGCUUAUAAGCUCUUUAAAAUAAGAUUAGCCAAACACCCUUUAAAUGUUAUUCUCGCUGCUAAAAUCUCUUUCAGCAUGAUUAAGGCAUUCAUUAUGACUGUUCUAGUGCUUUUCUUGUUGAUUUGGUGUAACUCUGAAAUGUAUAGUUCUCACUCCGGUGAUUAGGGUUGAGCAUUCGAGCAAUUUUAAUUUAACAACAUAAAACCA